AUGGAUUUCCAAAACCGCGCCGGCUCGAAAUUCGGCGGUGGAGGCGUCGCUUCUCAGUCCGCCACCAACGCCGACCGUCGCGAACGUCUUCGCAAGCUCGCUCUCGAGACCAUCGACCUCGACAAGGACCCCUACUUCUUCAAGAAUCACGUCGGCUCGUUCGAGUGCCGUCUUUGUCUCACGGUUCAUCAGAAUGAUGGCUCCUACCUUGCCCAUACCCAGGGCAAGAAACAUCAGACCAACCUCGCCCGUCGCGCUGCUCGUGAGCAAAAAGAAGGUCGUCAAGGCGCCGUUGACCCAGCUACCGGUCUCCCCAUUGGAGUGACAGGUGCAGGCUUCGCGCAGCGUCGCAACGUUGUAAAGAUCGGGCGCCCGGGAUACAAGAUCACCAAGAUCCGCGACCCUGUCUCCCGUCAGCAGGGUCUGCUCUUCCAGCUCCAAUAUCCCGAUGCGACCCCCGAAACAUCUCCCAAGUGGCAGGUCAUGAACGCCUUCACUCAGCACGUCGAGGAGCCCGAUAAGAACUUCCAAUACCUACUCGUUGCCGCCGAACCUUACGAGACAGUUGGCUUCAAAAUUCCUGCCCGUGAGCUUGACAAGCGCGAGGACAAGCAGUUUGCCUUUUGGGAUCCAGAUGCCAAGGAGUAUUGGAUUCAGGUCAUGUUCAUGACUGAGCGCGAGGAACGUUUCAACGCGGCUCCUGGUUUGACGGUAAGGAGGUAA